GUGUAUAGCAAGGCUAAUAUCUGUACACCAAAGCAAACAAUUAUACUACCAGAAGGUAAAGGAAAGAACGAAAAAUUACUUUAUAAUACUUUACCAAAAUAUAUAUGCAAAAAACCAUUACCAAACUCAUUUUUGAUGAAACACCAAGGGAAAAAAUGUGAUCUUGAAAUCAAAGAAGAUGAUGAAGAAUUUGAUGCAUAUCUAAUGAUUGUUGGAAAAAGCACUGAAUGGAUUGUAAAUGGAAUAAAAAUCAGGGAAUGCCUCAAGGAAUACCAGUUGAAGAAGAAUUUGCCAAAGAUGAGGCCAUAA